CUUUGGGUAUAGGCACUAGGGUUUAAGCUUUCUUCCUGCUUAAUCGUCGUCUUUGAGUCUCACACCAGUUUCAUCCAUGGCUACUGCUCUCAGAUUCCUGCUUCAAAAAUCGACUUCCCGAGCAGUAUUUCCCCCUCCAGCCGAUUGUCGUUUUGACCUCUCCCUGCUCAGAAAGCUGAGCUCCUCCUUCCUUUAUCACGGAUCAUUUUCGAAUCAUCGGGGAGAUUUUCGGUCAAGAAAUUUCUCCACGGAGGCAUCUGAGGAGGUGGUCACUCAAGACUUGAAUUCGUCUGUUGUUGCAGCUCUGAAUCUCGACACUCGUGUUCCGGCCACCGUGAUCACCGGAUUUCUGGGCUCCGGGAAGUACCAGAAUAUCUUCCAUGACUUUACAAUGCAGACCACCCUUUUGAAUCAUAUAUUAACAUCUCAACAUGGAAAGCGGAUUGCAGUCAUAGAGAAUGAGUUUGGUGAAGUAGAUAUCGAUAGUUCGCUAGUUGCUAGUCAUUCCUCGUCUAAUGAGGAUAUUAUCAUGGUAAAUAAUGGUUGUCUAUGCUGUACUGUGCGUGGAGAUCUUGUCAAAAUGUUACUGGAAUUGGUGAAGAAGAAGAGAGACAAAUUCGACCACAUUGUCAUAGAAACAACAGGUCUUGCAAAGCCUGGUCCAGUGAUUGAAACAUUUUGUAGUGACGAGCUUUUGGCACGCCAUGUGAAACUUGAUGGAGUUGUUACUUUAGUCGACUCCGUGAAUGCCAUUAAACACCUGAAUGAAGUAAAACCAAGAUUCGUGGUGAAUGAGGCUGUGGAACAAGUUGCUUUUGCAGACCGUAUUAUUUUAAACAAAAUAGAUCUGGUGAGUGAGGCUGAAGUGGAGUCACUGAAAAAACGGUUAAAGUUUAUUUCACAAGAUUAUCUCGGUUCUAUUUUCCAGCUCAUUAAUGGGAUAGCACCAAUUAAACUAGCUAAGUACGGGGAAGUCGACAUGGACUUUGUAUUGGGGGUUGGAGGUUAUGAUCUUGACAGGAUUGAAUCUGAAGUCAAAUCAGAUGAUUCUCAUUGUUCUCAUCAUCAACAUGAAACUGGAAAUGAGCAUCAUCACAAAGGGCACAAUCAUGAUCAUGUGCAUGAUUCAGCUGUCACAAGUGUCAGUAUUGUUUCGGAAGGGACCUUAGAUCUCGAUUAUUUUGAUGAUUGGCUUGAAAGAUUGGUAGACGAGAAAGGGGACGAUCUUUACAGGAUGAAAGGGAUACUCUCAGUUAGCGACUCUGAUCAGCGUUACGUCUUUCAGGCUGUACACGCUAUUUUCGAUGGGUGCCCAGGCAAGGAAUGGGGGCCCGACGAGAAGAGGGUAAACAAACUCGUGUUUAUCGGGAGGAACUUGGACGAAACUGCCCUUAGGAAAGGGUUUAAGGGCUGUUUGGCGUGAGCAGAAAGCGCGGCAAAGUCAUGGGCUUUUUGAGUAAAUUCGAUCGGUCCAUGUUAGAAAUAUGAUGCCCAAUUAUGUAUUUUGACAAUGUGAUCUUUGAAAGAAGUAAAAGCCUAGAGACAUUGUGUUAGAAAUAUGGAUGUGUAUUUAAAUUUUUUAUUUUUUAUUUUUUUAUUUUCAUUUUUUAUUUUUAUUUAUGGGGGUGAUAUU